CUGUCCCCGUGUCCCCAGGGCUGUCGGGGCUCUUCGAGACGGGGCUGCACCACGCGGGGGGCGCGGCCCCCGACGCCUCGGUCAUGAACCUGAUCUCGGCGCUGGAGUCGCGGGGACCCCAGCCCGGACCCUCGGCCUCGUCCCUCCUGUCCCAGUUCCGCACGCUUCCCAUUUACCCCAGGGGGGCCAUGCACACUCCAGCUCCGGCCGAGCUCUUCAUCUCGGGAGCGCUGCCCGGCUCGGGCACCUUCCCGUCCUCGUCGGCGCUCGGCCCCUACCAGCACCCGGCGUCCUUCGGCGGCCGCAGCUUCCCGGUGGGGUCCCCGCUGAGCCUGCCCGAGGCCGCCUUCAGCCCCGGCUCCAACGGGCUGCUGUCCCCGCACGACCCGCUGCUGCACAUCAAGCCCACGCAGCCCGCCGUGCCCUCCUCGCUGGGCUUCGACCGCCUGGGCUCGGCCGUGCUGGGCUCGGCGCUGCCCGCCCAGACCCCUCCGUACCGGCCCGCUCCCAGUUCCUCCCAGUUCAACCUGCUGGCGGCCACCGAGCAGCCCCCUCAGCUCUACAACGCGCCCGUUUUCGGCGGCGCCAACGCGGCGGGCGGCGGCGAUCGCGCCAUAUCGCGACAGGACAGCGUCAUCAAGCACUACCAGCGGCCGGGCGGGGCUCAGCCGCAGCUGCCGCCGGCGCCGGGGCUGCAGCACUACCUGAGCUGCGGCGGCUCCUACCAGCAGGUGCCCGCGCACCGCGCCCCGCUGUCCUGCAGCCCGCUGGGCGAGCAGUCGCCCGCCAGCUCCGAGGGCUCGCAGCAGCCGCCCAAAGCCGCUCCGCCGGCGCCGCGCCCCGAGCCGGGCUACCGGCCCAUCAUCCAGUCGCCCGGUUACUCCGGGGGCGCCGCGGGCGCCGCGGGCAACGGCGGCGCGGGCGGCGGCAACGGCGGCAAGUCCAAGAGCUACUCGGCGUCGCGGCAGCCGCCGCGCUCCACCAACACGCCCAAGUGCCAGAGCAGCUACACGCCCAGCACGCCCAAGCCCAGCUCCGUCAUCGCCAGCCAGUCGCCGGCCUACUCGCCGGGCCAGCCGCCCCAGAGCCUGCUGGCCAUGGGGGGAGCCCCCGGCUACAGCGCGCCCGGGGCGCCCCAGAGCCUGGCGGGGGCGGCGCAGCCCGCGGGGGGCUUCAGCGGAGGGCAGGCCGGGGACCUGGGGGGCAAAGGCGGCGGCUACCAGGGCGGGGGGCAAGGCGGCGGGCAAGGGGGGCUGCAGCCCUGCGUCAGCGGCGCGGGCACCUACUCGCCCGAGCAGCUGCAGGCGCUGCCCUACGGCGUCCAGCCCGAGGGGGGACAAGCGGGGGGCUACGGGCCGCCGGCCCCCUCGCAGGGCUUGCCCACCGCCAGCCCCUCGCUGACCUACAGCACCGGGCACUCGCCCGCCAUGCCCGGGCCGCCGCUGCCCUACGCCGGCCUGGGGGGCUCCAGCCCCUCGCCCAUCAUCCGCCCGCUGCAGUCGCCGCCGGCCGCCCGGCCGCAGAGCGGGGCGUCGCCGGGCCAGUCGCAGAAGUACCUGGGCUCCGUGCUCUCGCCGUCCUUCAUGGCCCCGCAGGGCUACGGCGCCGCGCCGGGCGGGGGGCUCGAGCGGCAGCCGCCCCCCGCCCCGCCGGGGGCGCCCCCGAAUUUCGGCAAGGGGGCCAAAGGCGAGGCGGAGCUGCUGGCGGCGGAGCGCAGCGAGGACGAGGAUUUCCUGAUCCAGCACCUGCUGCAGGCGCCCAGCCCGCCCCGAGAGGGGCUGGGGGGCUGCGAGGAGCGCCCCAAAACUCUGGGGGGCUACGGGGGGGCGCUGGGCAAGGAGGAGCGCUACCAGCUGCAGAGCGUCAUCCGGCCCAACUCCAACCUGGAGGCGCCGCUGGAGCUGGCGCUGCUCAAGGAGAAGAAGAAGCCGGAGAGAGGCAAAGAAUUCCGGGGGGCUGGCGGAGGAGGAGGGGGCGGCGAGGUGGCGGCCACCUCGGUGGUGCACUACGGCCACCAGCCGCCGCCCGCGCUCGACACGUACGAGCUGAAGAAGCCGCCCGAGCACCUGGCCGGGGGCAAGGAGCUGGGCCAGCCGCCGCCGCCGCACUCGUACCUGCCCAAAACCCCCGAGCACGGGCGGCUGGUGGGCGAGGGACCCCCGCUGGAGCCCCACAACCUCCUGCUGGACCCCUCCCCGGAAUUGGGGGGGUCGCUGCUGCCCUCGGUGCUCACCCACACGCAGAGCCAGCUGCACCCGCGGCCCAAGGCGAGAGCGCCGCUGGACGUUCACCUGCUGGAGCAGCAGAGGAUGCCGCCCCCGCCGCCGCCCCCUCCGCCUGGGGGGUUUGGGAUGG